CGGCUCUUGCGCUCUGGGGUCCAGGAGUCAGUGAGGAUUUUUUUUUGAGGGAGAUUUUUGUGUUAAGAUGGCGCCGGCGACUGGUGCACGAAGCUGAACGCCGGUGAGUAAGCAGAUUUCAGGACUCCCAUUAUCAAGGACAGACUUUGUGUUUUCUGGAUGACUCUUGAGCUGCUUAAACUGAGCCUUUCAAUGCGGUUUCCUUCUCUGUUUGUGUGCCCUGCUGGUUCCAGCUAGAGUAAAGGAAUUGGACAUUACUGAAAAUGAAAGUAGACAGAACGAAGCUAAAGAAAACUCCAACAGAGGCACCUGCGGACUGCAGGUCUCUGAUUGAGAAGCUGAAAGUCUGUAGCGAUGAACAACUUCUGCUUGAGCUACAGCAAAUCAAAACAUGGAACAUUGGCAAGUGCGAGCUUUACCAUUGGGUUGAUCUAUUAGACCGUUUUGAUGGCAUUCUGGCUGACGCUGGGCAGACAGUAGAGAACAUGUCUUGGAUGUUGGUAUGUGACAGACCUGAGAGAGAGCAGCUCAAGGCCCUCCUCCUUGCAGUGCUGAACUUUACAGCCUUGCUCAUUGAGUAUAGCUUCUCACGGCACCUCUACAGCUCCAUUGAGCAUCUCACAACGUUGCUUGCCUCUUCUGACAUGCAAGUGGUUUUGGCUGUGCUAAACCUUCUGUAUGUCUUCAGCAAGCGGUCAAAUUAUAUCACUCGCUUGGCCUCUGACAAAAGGACGCCAUUAUUAUCACGGCUUCAGCACUUAGCAGAGAGUUGGGGAGGAAAAGAAAAUGGAUUUGGUCUGGCUGAGUGUUGUAAGGAUAUGCACAUGACAAAAUAUCCUCCGAGCGCCACAACGCUACAUUUUGAGUUCUAUGCAGAACCUGGGGUCGAAGUUAAAGUUGAAAAAAGGACGCCCAGUAACACGCUACAUUACAUACAUAUAGAGCAGCUAGAUAAGAUUUCUGAGAGUCCCUCUGAGAUAAUGGAAUCCCUCACUAAGAUGUACAGCAUUCCCAAGGACAAGCAGAUGCUUUUGUUCACGCACAUACGACUUGCACACGGCUUUUCUAAUCACAAGAAGAGGCUACAAGCUGUGCAGGCCAGGCUGCACGCCAUCUCCAUACUAGUGUAUUCUAAUGCCUUGCAAGAGUCCGCAAAUAGCAUCCUAUACAAUGGCUUGAUAGAAGAGUUAGUUGAUGUCCUACAAAUAACAGAUAAGCAGCUGAUGGACAUUAAAGCUGCAUCCCUAAGAACACUGACCUCUAUAGUUCACUUGGAGAGGACACCUAAACUCAGCAGCAUCAUAGAUUGCACUGGCACUGCAUCUUACCAUGGCUUCCUCCCUGUUCUAGUGCGGAAUUGCAUUCAGGCCAUGAUAGACCCCACCAUGGAUCCGUACCCUCACCAGUUUGCCACAGCCCUCUUCUCUUUCUUAUAUCACCUUGCAAGUUAUGAUGCUGGUGGGGAGGCUCUGGUUUCAUGUGGAAUGAUGGAAGCACUUUUAAAGGUGAUCAAGUUUCUUGGAGACGAGCAGGACCAGAUCACUUUUGUGACGCGAGCUGUGAGGGUCGUUGAUCUGAUCACAAACCUGGAUAUGGCAGCCUUUCAAUCUCAUGGCGGCUUGUCCAUUUUCAUUUAUCGGCUGGAGCAUGAAGUUGAUCUUUGCCGGAAGGAGUGCCCAUUUGUCAUCAAACCAAAAAUUCAGCGUCCCAACACAACACAGGAAGGAGAAGAGAUGGAAACAGACAUGGAAGGUCCAUGUGAGGGGAAAAUGGCUCUCAAACCGAGUGAGCUGCCCUGCUGCCAGAUAAAAAUGGAAGCACUUCUGGUCUCCAGUAAUAAAAGGAGACUAAGGAUUGAAGUGGAUCCACUCUCUGACGAAGUGGGCAAAGCUCCCACGCAACACCUUUUAGAAGAAAUAUGCAAUCUUGGUAGGGACCCCAAAUAUAUCUGCCAAAAACCAUCCAUCCAGAAGGCUGAUGGCACAGCCACUGUACCACCACCUCGGUCUAACCACGCCGCAGAGGAGGCUUCCAGUGAAGAUGAUGAAGAGGAGGAGGUGCAGGCGAUGCAGAGCUUUAGCACAAACCAGCAGAGCGAAGCAGAGCCCAACCAGCAAAUUGUGGGAAACGAAGAGAGGAUUCCCAUCCCACUUAUGGACUACAUCCUUAAUGUAAUGAAAUUUGUGGAAUCCAUCCUGAGUAACAAUACAACAGAUGAUCACUGUCAGGAAUUUGUGAGCCAAAAGGGUCUCCUUCCUCUUGUCACUAUCUUGGGCUUGCCCAAUUUGCCCAUAGACUUUCCGACCUCUGCAGCCUGCCAAGCUGUAGCGGGAGUGUGCAAGUCUAUACUGACCCUGUCUCAUGAGCCCAAGGUUCUGCAGGAAGGACUUCUACAGCUUGAUUCUAUUCUUUCCUCACUUGAUCCCUUGCAUCGGCCUAUUGAGGCACCAGGGGGCUCUGUGCUAUUGAGGGAGUUGGCAUGUGCAGGGAAUGUAGCAGAUGCCACUCUUUCUGCCCAUGCCACUCCGUUACUUCAUGCACUUACUGCUGCACAUGCCUACAUCAUGAUGUUUGUACACACAUGCAGAGUUGGGCAGAGCGAGAUCCGUGCUAUUUCUGUCAAUCAGUGGGGUUCACAGCUGGGUCUUAAUGUUCUGAAUAAGCUGAGCCAACUGUACUGUUCUCUUGUGUGGGAAAGCACGGUCCUGCUUUCCCUCUGUACUCCUAACAGUUUGCCACCUGGAUGUGAGUUUGGCCAGGCUGAUAUGCAGAAACUGGCUCCAAAGGAAGAGAAAGCAGCGAGUUCCAUGGUCCAAGGAGCCAAGAGGCCAGAAGGGGAAGCAGAAGGGGCAUCUGCUAGUGAAGAAGCCACCGGCCUUCUGGAAGGUAUUGGGCUAGAUGGAGAUACCUUGGCACCUAUGGAAACUGAUGAACCCAGCACCUCUGACCCAAAGGGCAAACCUAAAAUCACCCCAGCUAUGGCAGCCAGGAUCAAGCAGAUUAAACCCUUACUGUCUGCUUCCUCAAGGUUGGGCCGGGCAUUGGCAGAGCUGUUUGGACUGCUUGUAAAACUGUGUGUGGGGUCUCCUGUCCGACAGAGGAGAAGUCACCAUGCAGCCAGCACCACCACAGCCCCUACACCAGCUGCUCGCUCAACAGCUUCCGCUUUGACCAAAUUGCUCACCAAAGGGCUCUCUUGGCAGCCACCUCCUUACACCCCUACACCCAGGUUUAGACUGACAUUCUUCAUCUGCUCCGUUGGCUUUACCUCCCCUAUGCUGUUUGAUGAGCGAAAAUAUCCAUAUCAUCUCAUGCUGCAGAAGUUCCUCUGCUCCGGCGGACACAACGCUCUCUUUGAGACUUUUAACUGGGCCCUGUCCAUGGGAGGGAAGGUGCCAAUGGCAGAGGGCUUAGAACAUACUGACCUGCCAGAUGGGACUGGCGAGUUUUUAGAUGCUUGGCUCAUGUUGGUGGAAAAGAUGGUGAAUCCUACAACAGUCUUAGAAUCUCCUCACUCUUUACCCCCCACCAAGCUUCCUGGUGCCCAAAACUCUCCUCAAUUCAGCUCCUUGCGCUUCCUUGUUGUAACACAGAAGGCAGCCUUCACAUGCAUAAAGAACCUCUGGAAUCGCAAGCCUCUAAAAGUGUAUGGUGGGCGCAUGGCAGAAUCUAUGCUUGCCAUCAUGUGCCACAUCCUGCGUGGUGAGCCAGUCAUUAGAGAACGCCUAAGUAAGGAGAGGGAGGGCAGCCGUGAAGAGGAAAGCCAGCAGGAUGAGAGUGGAGCCAGACGGGAACCCCAGGUCAACCAGCAACACCUUCAGCAGCUUAUGGAUAUGGGUUUCACACGGGAGCAUGCAAUGGAAGCACUGAUCAAUACUAGCACCAUGGAGCAGGCUACUGAAUAUCUUCUCACUCACCCUCCACCACUCAUUGGAGGGGUUGUUCGGGACUUGAGUAUGUCAGAGGACGAUCAGAUGCUGAGAGCCAUUGCCAUGUCGUUGGGACAAGAUAUCCCGAUGGAACAGAGGGCAGAGCUGCCCGAGGAAACAGCUCGUCGGAAAGAGGAGGAGGAGCGAAAAGCUCGGGAGAAGCAGGAGGAGGAAGAAGCCAAAUGUCUAGAGAAAUUUCAAGAUGCAGAACCCUUGGAGCAGGAUGAGCUUCACAGUUUCACGGACACCAUGCUGCCCGGCUGCUUCCAUCUCCUGGAUGAGCUACCGGACACAGUGUACAGAGUGUGUGACCUCAUCAUGACCGCUAUAAAGCGCAACGGGGCUGAUUAUCGUGAUAUGAUUCUUAAGCAAGUGGUAAAUCAGGUGUGGGAAGCUGCUGACGUUCUCAUCAAAGCUGCACUUCCACUGACCACGAAUGACACCAAAACUGUGUCAGAAUGGAUAAGUCAGAUGGCCACCCUGCCUCAGGCUUCCAACCUGGCCACUCGGAUUCUGUUGCUGACCCUUCUCUUUGAGGAGCUCAAGCUGCCUUGUGCCCGGGUUGUGGAGACCAGUGGUAUCCUUAAUGUGCUGAUAAAGCUGCUUGAAGUGGUCCAACCUUGUCUGCAGGCGGCUAAGGAACAAAAGGAGGUGCAGACGCCCAAGUGGAUAACGCCAGUCUUGCUGCUGAUAGAUUUUUAUGAGAAAACAUCAAUAUCUUCCAAGAGGAGGGUACAGAUGAAUAGGUAUCUACAGUCAACUGGCAACAACUGGCGAUGGUUUGAUGAUCGGUCAGGGCGUUGGUGCAGCUACAGUGCCAGCAACAACAGUACUAUUGACGCUGCCUGGAAAGCGGGCGAGACCUGUGUGCGUUUCACGGCUGGGCGCCGGAGAUACACUGUACAAUUUACUACCAUGGUGCAGGUGAAUGAAGAAACUGGAAAUAGGCGGCCUGUGAUGCUCACUUUGUUGCGAAUCCCACGGUUGAGCAAGGGGGGCAAGAAUGGGAAUGGACAGGAGCUGGAGAAGACACUGGAGGAAGGGAAGGAAGUAGAAACCAAGCAGGAGGAGCAAGCAGCUGAGCCCACUCCUGUUCCAGAGAACUCGACCACAGAAAAGGAGCCACCAGCCGAGGAGGCUAAAGUUGGGGAUAUUGUGAUCCAGGGACUUACUGAAGAAAUGGUGACUGUCCUGAUCCGAUCAUGCGUUAGCAUGCUUGGUGUCCCAGUUGAUCCAGACACAUUACAUGCCACCCUUCGAUUAUGUUUGCGCCUAACCCGUGACCACAAGUACGCCAUGAUGUUUGCUGAACUAAAGAGUACGCGCAUGAUCCUUAGUUUGACCCAGAGCUCAGGAUUCAACGGCUUCACCCCGCUUGUUACCCUUCUAUUUAGACACAUCAUAGAGGACCCAUGCACUUUGCAGCACACCAUGGAAAAGGUAGUGAGGUCUGCUGCAACCAGUGGGGCCGGCAGCACAACAUCUGGGGUAGUUUCUGGAAGCCUAGGUUCUAGAGAGAUAAAUUAUAUUCUUCGAGUUCUGGGUCCAGCUGCUUGCCGAAACCCAGACAUCUUCACUGAGGUGGCCAACAACUGCAUUCGAAUAGCUUUGCCAGCCCCUCGUGGCUCAGGCACUGCCUCUGAUGAUGAAUUUGAGAACCUCAGAAUCAAGGGCCCUAAUGCUGUACAGUUAGUGAAGACAACCCCUGUGAAACCCUCCACCCUUCCUGCCACCCCUGAUACAAUAAAGGAAGUAAUCUAUGACAUGUUGAAUGCCUUAGCAGCUUACCAUGCUCCAGAAGAAGUGAUGGAAAAGACCGAGCCGAAACCUGUGGCAAUGAACCAAGAAGUCAGCCAGAUUCUGCAGGACAUGGGCGAUGAGGUUUUCCAGCAGUACCGUGACCUCACCAGGCAGGGAAGUGAUUUUGAUGCCCAAAACAGCUUUGCCAUCAAUGCUCAAGUGUUUACAGCAGAUAGCUCUUCUACAGAGACCCCUCCAUCUGGUACUCCCCAAGGGGAAGCAGCGUUGACACCAGAAGAGAACCGAGAGGGGGUGAAGAAGGAUAAGGAAGGAGAUCGCAACUCAGAAGAAGCAAAACAGAAAGCUAAGGGCAGUAAGCCACUGCUUCCCACCUCUACAAUCCUACGGCUUUUGGCAGAGCUGGUCAGGUCCUAUGUUGGCAUUGCCACACUUAUUGCCAACUACAACUAUACAGCAGGCCAGUCUGAGCUAAUUAAAGAGGAUUGCAGUGUACUAGCUUUUGUGUUAGAUCAUCUCUUACCGCACACACAAAAUUCGGAAGAUAAGGAUACACCUGCCUUGGCACGUUUGUUUCUUGCCAGCCUAGCUGCUGCUGGAAGUGGUACCGAUGCCCAGGUGGCUCUAGUGAAUGAGGUGAAAGCAGCCCUUGGCCGAGCCCUGGCUAUGGCUGAAAGUACUGACAAACAUGCCAGGUUGCAAGCUGUAAUGUGCAUUAUUAGCACAAUCAUGGAGUCCUGUCCAUCCACCUCUAGUUUCUACAGCACAGCAACCACCAAAACCCAGCACAAUGGCAUGAACAACAUUAUUCGUCUCUUCCUGAAAAAGGGACUUGUCAGUGACUUGGCCCGAGUUCCUCACAGCCUCGAUUUAUCUAGAAAAAGGGCAGAACCCUGUGCGGCUGGUGCAAAGAGGAACACACCGUUCGAACUUAGCCUCACAGAGCAAGAUGCCAUUGGACGACCUGAGAACUUCCCCACUGCUCCUUCUUCUGCAGAGGGGACACCAUCAAGCCCAGAGUUUCCUCUCGAUCCCUCUAUGCAUCUUCGACCCCCUGAAGCCACUUUGGCUGAGAUACCUCAAGGGCUGCAGGCUGAGUCUGGAACAGAGGACAAUAGUCAGCGUUUAAUGCCAACAGAGCCAGAAGAAUCUGGGCCUGGGAGACCCAGUACAGAAGGAGAAUCCACGCAGAUGGAGCUGUCACCUGCACCAACUAUCACCUCUUUGUCCCCUGAGCGUGCAGAGGAUUCAGAUGCACUGACUGCGGUUAGUAGCCAGUUAGAGGGCUCGCCCAUGGACACCAGUAGCUUGGCUUCAGGUCCCCUGGAGGAAGGAGUUGGAGAAUCGUCUGGAGCUGUAAAUGCUGAGCAGUCGCUGGUGGUUAGUAGCAAUGCUGCAGUUGGCCAGAUGGGUGCAGAGCAACCGGUUCCAGCUGAUAGCCAGGCAGUGGUGCCUCCACACAGUGAUGAAAGCUUCCCAAUCAUCCUCCCAACUUUUGUGCCAUCCCCCAGAGGCUCUGCUGUGUCCUUGCUUACAACAGAUUCACGUGGGAUCCUUGAGGAGCCUCUGCCCUCCACUAGUAGUGAAGAGGAAGAUCCGUUAGCAGGAAUAAACCUUCCUGAAGGAGUAGAUCCUUCCUUCUUGGCUGCCCUUCCUGAGGACAUUCGUAGAGAGGUGCUUCAGAACCAGCUGGGCAUUAGACCACCUUCAAGGCCUCCUCCCACUGCAGCACCAGUUGUUCCACCACCUGUGGUGGGUAGCGCUAGUGUUUCUGAGGUUAGCCCAGAGUUUCUGGCAGCGCUGCCCCCAGCAAUACAGGAAGAGGUCCUGGCACAGCAGAGAGCAGAACAGCAGAGACGUGAACUUGCCCAGAGUACCACCUCUGACACCCCCAUGGAUCCUGUCACCUUUAUCCAGACACUGCCUUCAGACUUACGGCGGAGCGUAUUGGAAGACAUGGAGGAUAGCGUCCUUGCUGUGAUGCCCCCGGACAUUGCUGCAGAGGCGCAGGCUUUGCGCAGGGAGCAGGAGACAAGGCAGAGGCAAUUAAUGCAUGAGAGACUGUUUGGUCAUAGCAGCACUUCUGCCCUCUCUGCCAUCCUCAGGAGCCCUGCCUUUACAAGUCGAUUGAGUGGCAACAGAGGUGUUCAGUACACACGCCUGGCUGUACAGAGGGGAGGCACUUUCCAGAUGGGAGGGAGUAGUACCCAUACCAGGCCAGCAGGCAGUAAUGUGGACAGCUUGCUUCGGUUGCGAGGUCGACUAUUGCUAGAUCAUGAGGCCCUUUCCUGCUUGCUUGUGCUGCUGUUUGUUGAUGAGCCCAAACUAAAUACCAGUCGGUUACACAGAGUGUUAAGGAACCUCUGCUAUCACGCUCAGACACGUAAUUGGGUCAUCAGGAGUUUGCUGUCUAUACUUCAGAGAAGCAGUGAGAGUGAACUUUGUAUAGAGAGCCCAAAGACGCCUGUUGGAGGACUUGACAAAAGGGGCAGUACCAAGGCAUGCUCCUCUAGCCACGACAGUCGGCCCUUGGAGCUAUUGCAUAAGGUAGAAUCAAAGAACUCUAACCAGCUGUCCUGGCUGUCGGUGUCCAUGGACGCAGCUCUUGGUUGUCGCACAAACAUCUUUCAAAUCCAGAGGUCCCUGGGUCGCAAGCACACAGAGAAGCAUGCUGCAUGUGGCUCAACUGUUCACAUACACCCACAGGCAGCCCCAGUCGUGUGCAGACAUGUGCUCGAUACACUCAUACAGCUAGCAAAGGUUUUCCCCAGCCAUUUCACGCAGCAGAGGAGCAAAGAGAGCAGUACAGAGAACAGUGAGAGCAAAGAAAGAAGCAUAAAACUGUCCUGUAGUCCUUGCCUUGGACCCUCUAGCAGCAUAGGAGCAAGCAACAUCUCAACAGACUUUUGGGACUUGUUAGUUAAGUUAGACAAUAUGAAUGUGAGUCGGAAGGGUAAAACUUCUAUAAAAUCCUUGCCGGUGAGCUCCGGUGCAGAGGGCGAAAGUUCUCAGUGCAGUCUUGAGGCCUCUCCACUGGGGCAGCUCAUGAACAUGUUGUCCCAUCCUGUUAUCCGUCGCAGCUCACUGCUUACAGAAAAGCUGCUUCGCUUACUUUCUCUCAUCUCUAUUGCCCUCCCUGACAAUAAGGUGCCUGAGGCACUGUCCAAUCAGAGUAAUGCAAUUGCACCUGCACCCGCCCCCACGCCAGCAACUGCUCCUGUUCCCGUGCCUGUGCCUGCAGUAACAGUGCCAGUAGUCGUCAACACAAACAGUGGCUCAACUAUUACCAAAAGUGGCAAAUCUCCAGCAAAGUCAAUGGAGAGCAGCAAUGUGACAGACAAGAUGGCGGCCUCUGGGCUCACGGAAAAGCAGCUUCAGCUUUCUGUUGAGGUGCUGACAUCACAUUCAUGUUCAGAGGAAGGCCUAGAGGAUGCAGCCAAUGUGCUAUUACAGCUUUCCAGAGGGGACUCAGGGACACGUGACACAGUUUUAAAGUUGCUGCUUAGUGGCGCCCAUCACUUGGGAUAUACUCUGUGCAAACAAAUAGGAACCCUUUUGGCAGAGCUUCGUGAGUAUAAUCUGGAACAGCAAAGGCGAUCUCAGUGCGAGAUCCUCUCGCCUGAUGGUUUCCCGGAGGAACAGCCUCACAACACCAAGCCCAAGGGUAAAAUGCAGAGCAGGUUCGAUAUUGCAGAGAGUGUGGUAAUCGUCGCAUCUCAGAAGCGCCCCCUUGGAGGGAGGGAGUUGCAGCUGCCAUCCAUGUCGAUGCUCACCUCUAAAACCUCAACACAAAAGUUUUUCCUGCGAGUACUGCAAGUGAUCAUCCAGCUGCGAGACGAUACCCGCAGAGCCAACAAGAAGGCCAAGCAGACAAGUAGACUAGGAGCUGCCAGUCUGGCCUCGGCUAGCAGCAUCCAGGCAGCGGUGCAGCAGCUGGAGGCCGAGGCUGAUGCCAUUAUACAAAUGGUACGUGAGGGUCAAAGGGCGCGGAGACAGCUGCAAACUGCAACGGCGGAGAGCUCUUCUCGCAGGGAAGAAUCACCCAUGGAUGUCGACCAACCAUCACCAGCCACACAGGAUACUCAGUCCGUUGGUCAGAGCACAGCUGCCACAGAUGCAUCUCAGGCUGCUGAGAAGAAAGAGGAAGAGCGGUUACCCGAACUUCCACUGCUUAGUGACCAGCUGAGCCUAGAUGAACUUUGGGACAUGCUGGGCGAGUGCCUAAAAGAGUUGGAGGAGUCGCAUGACCAGCAUGCUGUGCUAGUUCUUCAGCCAGCCGUAGAAGCCUUUUUCCUUGUCCAUGCCACAGAGCGGGAGAGCAAGCCUGCUGUACGGGACACACGAGAAAGCCAGCUAUCUCACAUAAAAGACGAGCCACCUCCAUUGUCCCCUGCUCCUCUCACUCCUGCCACCCCUUCAUCUCUGGAUCCAUUCUUCUCUCGGGAGCCUUCAUCUAUGCACAUCUCCUCAAGUCUGCCUCCUGACACUCAGAAAUUCCUACGUUUUGCAGAGACCCACCGCACUGUGCUAAACCAGAUUCUGCGGCAGUCCACUACUCACCUGGCUGAUGGGCCUUUUGCUGUUCUGGUGGACUACAUCAGAGUCUUGGACUUUGAUGUCAAACGCAAAUAUUUCCGGCAGGAGCUGGAGCGCCUUGAUGAAGGACUACGGAAAGAAGACAUGGCCGUGCAUGUAAGACGUGACCAUGUUUUUGAGGACUCGUACCGAGAGCUGCACAGAAAAUCUCCUGAAGAAAUGAAGAACCGAUUGUACAUAGUAUUUGAAGGUGAGGAAGGGCAGGAUGCCGGUGGCCUGCUGCGUGAGUGGUAUAUGAUCAUAUCCAGGGAGAUGUUUAACCCCAUGUAUGCAUUGUUCCGCACAUCUCCUGGGGACCGUGUCACCUACACCAUCAACCCUUCUUCCCACUGCAACCCUAACCACCUCAGUUACUUCAAGUUUGUCGGCCGUAUUGUUGCAAAAGCAGUGUACGACAAUAGGCUACUGGAAUGCUACUUCACUCGCUCUUUCUACAAACAUAUUCUUGGGAAAUCUGUCAGAUACACAGACAUGGAGAGCGAGGACUAUCAUUUCUACCAGGGCCUGGUGUACUUGCUUGAGAAUGACGUCUCUACACUGGGAUAUGACCUUACCUUCAGUACAGAGGUUCAGGAGUUUGGUGUUUGUGAAGUACGUGACUUAAAACCCAAUGGUGCAAACAUUCUGGUUACAGAAGAGAACAAGAAGGAAUAUGUUCACCUGGUGUGCCAGAUGAAGAUGACAGGUGCAAUUCGCAAGCAGUUGGCUGCCUUUCUGGAAGGCUUCUAUGAGAUUAUUCCCAAGCGUCUUAUAUCCAUCUUUACGGAACAGGAACUGGAGCUGCUGAUCUCCGGCCUUCCCACUAUAGAUAUUGAUGACUUGAAAUCUAAUACAGAAUAUCACAAAUAUCAGUCAAACUCUAUUCAGAUUCAAUGGUUCUGGAGGGCACUGCGCUCAUUUGAUCAGGCAGACAGAGCCAAGUUUCUGCAGUUUGUCACUGGCACCUCUAAAGUCCCUCUGCAGGGCUUUGCUGCUCUAGAAGGGAUGAAUGGCAUCCAGAAGUUCCAAAUACACCGAGAUGAUCGGUCCACAGACAGACUGCCUUCUGCCCACACGUGUUUUAACCAGCUGGACCUCCCAGCCUACGAGAGCUAUGAGAAGCUACGUCACAUGCUGCUGUUGGCCAUUCAGGAGUGCUCAGAAGGUUUUGGCCUGGCCUAAAAGGAGCUCUGCUGUGGUUUUUCUACUGUUGGACUUUAGAGGGGAGAGAGAGCUACACGAAGCCAUGCAUCUAUCUCACUCACCCUGCUGGCACAGAGAAGAGGGACUUGCCUUCCGAUGCUGCCGUCUGUGUCUGUUCCCUUCCAGUGGCAAACUGGCUGUGCCGAGGCCUGAAACACUGCUCUGAGGGGAUUUAGAGGAUGGGGAUGAGCAGGGGAAAAAAUUAUAUAUAAGUACAUAAAUAUAUAUUUUUUUCUGUUUUGCUUUUCUUCAGUUUUGCUUAUGAGUGAGUUGUAAUUGCUCAUCAUCAGAGAAGCUCUGAUUGCAGGGUAACGAGAAGCUGGAUGGAGUAAAUGGAGAAAAUAUGUGAUACGCAAAGAACCAAUGGAAGAACAGAAAACUAGAGCACUCUCAUUAAGAAAUAGCCACUAUUCCCAUCGCUAUUUUUUCAGCUUCAAUUAAAUACUGAGGUGUUUACCUGUAAAUAAACCACUGAACAGAAAUACCCUAUUAAUACAGUUUUUUUUUUUUUUUUGUUUGUUUUUUUUUUAUUAUUAUUAUUUUACACCCCAUGCUAGUGGGGUUUUGAGGAUGCGUGUUGUUGUCAGGAUAGAAUGCUUGGGUGGGUAGAGGUGGCCAAAGAGGUUUCAGGAUGCAGUGAGAAGGGCAAAUAUGUUCUAGGUUACAAGUUUGCAAAGACUGUAUAUCUUCCCGUAAGUGACGUGAAAACUAAGGACAGGACAGAGUAAAAUAUUAAUAUUUCGGUUUUAAAGAUGCAACUGGGAAUAAAGACCUUGAAAUGCAAAAGUUAAAUGUAAAAAAUCAAAUCCGUUUAGCCAAGGUUCUUUUUUUCUUAUUUUUUUUUUUUCUUUCUUUUUUUUCUGGAUAUUUAUUCAGUCAUUUCUUAACGAUUUCAGGUUUGAAUUGCUAGGAUUUUCUGUUUUUGAAUGUUUUUUGAAUUUCUCUUAAAAUCAAAAUAAAAAGAUAAAGGCUAAAAAUAAUUGACAAAAGGGUUUUCUGAAGUUUCCAGACAUUUGAAGAGCCGUGAUUGCGGAGGAUGUUGUGAUGUAUCUGAGGGAUGAGCGAGGGCCGGGGCAAUUCUGAUGCAGCGCUUGACAUUGUUUUGGCCUGGCAUUCCUGGUUCAUAUUUCACAUGCUGUGCACACACGGAUAUAGCACUUAUGUCAACUAGACCAGAGCCAUUAAUGCGAGUGGUUUAAAUAAAGGUUUAGUUUGAAAGUGAA